AUGAAAAAAUCGAUAUAUUCAAUUAUUUUAUAUUUAAUAAUAUUUAUUUAUAAAUCAAAACAAGAAGAAAAACAUAUAAUCUAUGCUUUAUUUGGUGAUACAUUUAAAAGUGAUCUUAUUUAUUAUGGAUUUAUCGAUUUAGAUAAAUCCGAAUACAAUAUAAUAAGUACAUUAAAUAUCGAUGAUAUUGGAAAUCCAAGAAAUCGAAAAUAUGAAAUAUUACCAUUAACAUAUGAUCCUUCAAAUGAUAUUAUAUUUAUAUCAGCUAUUAAUAAUUUAAAUAAAACAAUAUUAAGUGUUAUUAAUGCUACAACUGGUUCUCUUUUAUAUACAUUUAAUAAAAUUCCUUAUGAAAUUAUUUCUCUUCAAUAUGAUAUAUUUAAUAAAAAAUUAUUUGCACAUACUGAAACUAAUAAUGAAUAUUUAACACAAAUUGUAGAAAUUGAUACAAAUAAUGGAAAUUUAAAACAAAUUUUUGGACAAAUAUAUGGAGUUGAACCAACUGAUAUAUCAACUUAUUGUCCAAUUUGUAGAAAAUAUUUUUUGAUUAUGUUUGAAAAUGAUCAUUAUAUAUAUGUUGAAGUUAAUACUUCUGAUGAUGGAGGAAUUAGUUCGAAUGUAUCAUUAAAUUUUUCUCCUUUUAAUAUUAUAUUUAAUUAUAAAACAUUUACUAUUUAUUCAACUUAUAUUAAUCAAACCGAUAGAAAUAUUUUACAAAUUGGAAUUUUAAAUAGAACAUCAGGAUGUAUUAGUCAAGUUAUUGAAACUAUUUCUAAUCCAACACAUUUUGUACUUACUAAGUUUUCAACAUUUGAUAUUGAAAAUAAUUUAUAUUAUAUAUCAAAUAUUGUCACGCAACCUUUUUCAAGAGAAAUUAUUUAUAUUAAUGUUAAUACAUCACAAACAAUGAGAAUUUCUUUACCAAACACAGAUUACAAUUUUUAUGCUUGGUUUAUUAAACAAUUUGUUCAAUAA